ACCGGCGUUAAAUUUGGCGUUAAAUUUAAAGUACCUCCUCAGCCUCAGUUAAACCCAGCGUUAGGAGAUUUCUGGCGUUAGCAGCAAAUCCAACAUGGCCGCCAACAUUGCAAUCUUUCCACUUCAGCCACAAAUUCAGGCAAUUCGACAAUAUAAUCGCACUUUUAAUCAUCUUGAGCGCUUUAAUGAUAAGAAACUAUUUAAAAGGUAUCGUUUUGAGUUGGAUGGGAUUGAAUUUAUAUGUGAUUUAGUGAGAGAGGACCUCGAAAGAGCAAGUGGUAGGUCAAUGGCCCUCACAGUGGAAAUACAAGUGCUCCUUGCCUUGCGUUUUUUUGCUUCGGGGGCAUUUUUGGAGGCAAUAGGAGACACCCUUGGUGUAGACAAGGGAUCAGUAUCAAGAGCUGUGCGUGAUGUAAGUGCUGCGUUACACCGCCGGAGGGAUGAAUUUAUAAAAUGGCCAAUCCAAGUCGAAGAGCGGCGUAAAGUACAGAUGGGUUUCUACAACAUCUCAGGCUUCCCAAGAGUACUCGGCUGCAUAGACGGCACCCAUGUGAGGAUUAUAUGCCCAAAUGCGCCACUCUUGCCAGUAGAAGCACCACCACCUCCACCACCACCACCAGCAGAUGAUGAAGAGCAGCUACCACAGCAGGCACAGCCAAUGCCAAAUGCAGCACGGCCAGAGGAAGAUCCACAUGAUGAUGAUCCACAGCAGCCUCAGCAGCAGGGAAGGGUCCCAAACUAUGAAGCGUCAUUCGUUAAUCGCAAGGGCUACCACAGCCUAAACAUCCAGGCAGUCUGUGACCACACUGGAAAGUUCACAAACAUAGUGGCAAAGUGGCCUGGAGCUACCCAUGACAGCUACAUUUUCCGUAACUCAGCCCUCUCCGUCCACAUGGAAGCGAAUAACCCAAGGGGAGAGGACGGGAUGAUGUUAGGAGAUAGUGGCUAUCCUUGCAGGCCAUUCCUCAUCACCCCCUACCCCAACCCUACAACACCUCGUGAGCAGCACUUUAACAAGUCCCUCUGUGGCACAAGAGUUCGCAUUGAACAUGCCUUUGGUGUCCUCAAACGGCGAUUCCAUGUGUUGCAUGGCGAAGUUCGCAUGCAACCUGAACGUGUGGUAAAGAUUGUGUCAGCGUGCACAGUGUUGCACAAUAUUGCAGUCAUGAGGGGAGAACGGGAGCCCCCAGAGGACGAGAGUGACAACAGUGAUCUUGAGAAUAACGACAUUGAUAGCGACAGUGAUAGUGAUGGUGGAGACGAUUAUGAUGGGCCAGAAAAUGGACGACUUUACAGGGAUUACCUGGCAACCAAAUACUUCUAA